GACUUUUCUAAGUUUUCUUUCUGCAAUUUUCUUGUUUAUAUUGAUUCUCUCUCAGCCAUUAUUUAUUUACUUAUUUUAUUGUAAAACUAUUGUUGUCAUGAUCACCACCUUUACAAAAGAACCCUUCUUUCUUUAUUGGUUAGAUUGUUCAUAUAUUAUAGCUUCUGGGAUGUGAUUAAGAUUCCUAAAAAGUUGCUUCAUACAUGUGCGUAUGUGUUUAAUGUAUCGUACCUUAUACUAUAAUUAUUCCUUUCUUCCUACCAAAUAAAAGCUCACUUGUCUCUUUUCAUUUUUAUUUUUAUUUUUCAUGUAUAUUUCAUAAAUCGACCACAGGGUCUGAAGGUGUAUUUUAUUCAAACCCCUGUUUCUCUAGAAGCUGGGCCUUAAUUUUAUGGCUUUUUCUUUGGUGUAUAAUGGAGGAGAAUAAAGGGUCUCCUCCUUUCAAACCCAGGUAAAUAUAUAAAAUUAGAUUUUCUUUUAUAUUUAUCCAGAAGCAUCUCAAUUGUAGAAAAAGGAAUUCUUCUGUUAUGCUGGAAAAAGUGAGACCUUAAACAUCCAUGUUUUUGUUUCAUACAAUUAAGGAGAUUUGAGAGCCAGGCAUGGGAGAUAGUCAAGCAUCUAGCUUUAUCUUCCUUCUUUGAAUUUCAUUAUAAUUCAAGGGAUCAUUUUUCUUUUUAGAAAAUGAUGAUGGUUUUGGAUGAAAAAUGUAAAAUUUGAUCUGGGUUUUCGUUGGAAAGAAGAGAAAAAAAAUUCCUGAAGAGGUGUGUUAUAGAUUAAAAAUCUGAGAAAAAAUAAAGAAAAAGGAAAUCGAUUGUUUAUUAAUGGCGGAACCAGCUGAGCAGCAGCCUGAGCCUCAAACAGGGCAACCAAGUUUGCCCAGAAAGAAAAUGACCAAGCAAUUGACCGGAAAACGUGACGAUAGUCCCUUGCAUUCGGCUGCGAGAGCUGGAAACAUCGCUGCCGCCAGAGAAAUCCUCACCGGCACCGGAGCAGCCGAGUUGAAGGAGCUUCUAGCGAAGCAAAACCAGUCUGGCGAAACGGCCUUAUACGUGGCGGCGGAGUAUGGAUAUGUUGAUUUGGUGAGGGAAAUGAUUCAGUACUAUGAUCUUGCUGAUGCGGGAAUCAAAGCCAGGAAUGGUUUUGAUGCUUUCCACAUUGCUGCCAAGCAAGGAGAUUUAGAUGUUUUGACAGUACUAAUGGAGGCAUAUCAGGAGUUAGCCAUGACUGUUGAUAUAUCCAAUACAACGGCUCUUCACACGGCUGCAACACAAGGGCAUACCGAGAUAGUGAAUCUCUUGUUAGAAGCCGGAAGCAGCCUCGCCACCAUUGCCAGAAGAAAUGGUAAAACCGCUCUUCAUUCCGCUGCGAGAAACGGGCAUUUGGACGUUGUCAAAGCUCUUCUCAGGACGGAGCCCAGCCUGGCGACUCGCACCGAUAACAAGGGACAAACAGCUCUUCAGAUGGCGGUAAAGGGGCAGAAACUUGAGGUUGUGGAGGAACUGGUGAAAGCAGAUCCUUUGUCUAUUAACCUAGUGGAUAACAAGGGUAACACUGCUUUGCAUAUAGCUACUCGAAAGGGUAGAGCUCAGAUAGUUAGAAUGCUACUUGGGUACAAUGAGACCGACAGGAAAGCUGUAAAUAAGACCGGAGAAACAGCCAUUGACACGGCGGAGAAGACUGGGAACAAUGACAUCAAGGUAAUUCUACAAGAGCAUGGCGUGCAGAGUGCAAAAACCAUGAAGCCACAGGGGACAAGCACAGCAAGAGAGCUAAAACAAACCGUGAGUGACAUCAAGCAUGAAGUACAUUACCAAUUAGAGCAUACACGCCAGACAAGAAGGCGUGUCCAAGGCAUAGCCAAACGGCUCAAUAAGAUGCAUGCCGAGGGACUCAACAACGCCAUUAACUCCACCACCGUGGUGGCAGUCCUCAUUGCAACCGUCGCCUUUGCAGCCAUCUUCACUGUUCCAGGCCAAUACGCAGAUGACCCGAAUCACGUGCCUCCUGGAUUCACUCUUGGCGAGGCCAACAUUGCUUCAAAAGCUCCAUUCUUGAUAUUCUUCGUCUUUGAUUCAAUUGCCCUUUUCAUCUCCCUGGCUGUCGUGGUGGUACAGACCUCUGUUGUGGUGAUAGAGAGCAAGGCCAAGAAGCAGAUGAUGGCUGUGAUCAACAAGCUGAUGUGGUUGGCUUGUGUGCUUGUUUCGGUGGCAUUUUUGGCGUUGUCGUUUGUGGUUGUGGGGAAGAAUCAGAAGUGGUUGGCCAUUGGAGUGACCAUAAUAGGGACUACUAUAAUGGCUACGACACUUGGAACCAUGUGUUAUUGGGUGAUCAGGCAUCGGAUUGAGGACUCUAAUAUGAGGAGUAUUAGAAAAUCAUCCAUGGGAAGCAGGUCAAGGUCAUGUUCAUUGUCUGUAAUGUCGGAUUCUGAGAUAUUGAACAGUGAAUAUAAGAAAAUGUACGCCAUUUGAUGACACCAUGAGAUCCUCUAUUUACUCCCAAAGCCAGAGAUUUUUUGUUUUGGCGCAUACCAGUUUUCUGCUCUGUUUAAAGGGCAGGGAUUUGAGUAACAGAUAACACGUUGAAUUAAGCCUCACUUGUAUACAUAUUUAAGUAUAUAUUCAACGUUCAAGUAUAUACAAAUGCGAAUUUUUGAGUAUGAGCGAUUGAAAAACAGCUAUUAAAUAAAAUAAAUUGCAGUUUUGAGUGGGGGCAA